UCGGGAGAGGUUGUUCCAUCAGUUUCAGUCCCAGAUUCUAUUCUAUGUUUCUUUAUAAAACCAUGCUUGGGGCUCACCAAGGGAAGAACAUUAAACCGAGAAUGGGUAUUCAUAAUGAGAGGCAUUUGUUCCUGCAAGGUGGCCAUGGAGAUUCCGGUCUCGUACUUUCGACCGAUGCCAAGCCAAGACUGAAAUGGACAACUGAUCUUCAUGAGCGAUUCAUCGAAGCCGUUAACCAGCUUGGAGGAGCCGACAAGGCCACACCAAAAACAGUGAUGAAACUAAUGGGAAUUCCAGGCCUGACCCUAUACCAUCUCAAAAGUCAUCUUCAGAAAUACAGGCUUAGUAAAACUCUCAACGGACAAACUAAUAAUGGCUGCAACAAAAUAGGUGCAGUUACAAUGGCAGGCGAAAGAAUAUAUGAAGUAAACAGCUCCCCCAUGAAUAAAUUAAGUAUUGGACCUCAGGUUAACAAAGGAAUACAAAUCGGGGAAGCGCUGCAAAUGCAAAUCGAAGUGCAGAGAAGGUUGCAUGAGCAACUCGAGGUACAGCGACACUUACAGCUUCGUAUCGAGGCCCAAGGGAAGUACUUACAGUCGGUGCUGGAGAAAGCUCAAGAGACUCUCCAUAGACAGAAUUUGGGCACCGUGGGGCUGGAAGCGGCCAAAGUUCAGCUUUCGGAGCUGGUGUCAAAAGUAUCGAACCAAUGCCUCAACUCGGCGUUCUCGGAUUUGAAAGAGUUACAAGGUUUAUACCGUCAAUCAACACAACCGACUCCUGCCAACGAUUGCUCGGCGAAUAGUUGUUUGGUAUCUUGUGAAGGGUCACUAAAGGAUCAAGAACUACACGAAAACAAUGGAAUGUGUUUAAGAAGUUACACUACUAGUCACAAAGAUCCAUUGGUGCAACAGAAAUCAUCGGAAAGAAAAAUGAUCGACAACGAGUUUUUUGCAGACAGGAACUGCGGCGAUUUAUCGAUGAGUGUGGGAUUACAAGGAAGUUUUUCCGAGGGAAAAUUCGGAAGAAACGAAAGGGUGGAUUCAGUUAAUAGAUUGCCAUACUUUGCGACAAAGCUGGAUUUAAAUGUUGACGAAGAACAUAACCUAGGAUCUUCAAGCUGCAAACAGUUUGAUCUCAAUGGUCUUAGUUGGAGCUGAAGAUUGAUCUUCAAGAUUUCAGAAUAUAAAUCCAAUUUCAGAAAAACGCUCUUAUUUAUGAUUCAAACAUAAAUCUAGAUUGCUUCUUACAUAUCAUUAGAUAUUUGGAUUUAGAUUAUAGUUUUGUUUGUUUAUCAUGUAUUGUUUAAGACAAGACUUUGA